AUGGGCACCAUUGAUGACCGGGAAAAGUACCCUCCCACCGCCGGCGAUGGUGAUGACCUUUCCCCAAUUGAAGAAGUCCGGCUAACCGUGACUAACACCGAUGACCCAACCUUGCCGGUAUGGACCUUCAGGAUGUGGUUCUUAGGCUUGCUCUCUUGUGGUCUUCUUUCUUUCAUCAACCAGUUUUUUUCUUACCGAACUGAACCACUGGUCGUCACUCAAAUCACAGUCAUAGUGGCCACGUUACCGAUUGGUCACUUCAUGGCAGCGAUUCUCCCGGAGACCAAGUUCCGGCUGCCGGGAUUUGGAACCAAAUCGUUUUCCUUGAACCCAGGUCCGUUUAACAUGAAGGAGCAUGUGCUUAUUUCAAUAUUUGCUAAUGCUGGAAGUGCGUUUGGAAAUGGAUCAGCCUAUGCCGUCGGCAUUGUCACCAUCAUUAAAGCUUUUUAUCACCGGAAGAUUUCUUUUCUGGCCGGCUGGUUGCUAAUUAUUACUACCCAGGUGUUAGGAUACGGAUGGGCGGGGUUGCUGAGGAAAUAUGUGGUGGAGCCGGCUCACAUGUGGUGGCCGGGGACUCUUGUUCAGGUGUCCCUUUUCCGGGCGUUGCAUGAAAAAGACGAUCAACGUAUGACACGUGCAAAAUUCUUUCUAAUCGCGCUCAUUUGCAGCUUCUCGUGGUACCUUGUCCCAGGAUACUUCUUUUCAACGCUCUCGAGCAUCUCAUGGGUCUGUUGGGCGUUCUCUGGUUCAGUCAAGGCGCAACAGUUAGGAUCGGGCAUGAAGGGUCUCGGGUUUGGAGCCAUAACACUUGAUUGGUCCGUUGCAGCAUCGUUCUUAUUCAGCCCUCUAAUCAGCCCGUUCUUUGCCAUUGUUAAUGUGUUUUUGGGGUACGCAUUGAUAAUCUACGUUGUUAUGCCAUUGUCGUAUUGGGGUGUGGACUUGUAUGGUGGUCGAAGAUUCCCCAUAUUCUCAUCACACUUGUUUACGGCUCAGGGUCAGAAGUAUAACAUAUCAACGAUUGUGAAUGACAAAUUUGAGAUAGAUAUGAUCAAGUACGAGGAACAAGGGCGGAUCCAUCUAAGCACAUUCUUUGCUCUAACUUAUGGGUUCGGAUUUGCAACUAUUGCAUCCACUCUAACCCAUGUUGGAUUCUUCUAUGGAAGAGAAAUCUAUGAUCGAUAUCGAGCGUCGUACAAGGAGAAAGAGGACAUACACACAAGACUCAUGAAGAGAUACAAUGACAUACCCAACUGGUGGUUCCAUCUGUUGCUACUAGUGACACUCGUGAUCUCUCUUAUUCUUUGCACCGUCUUAAAUGAUCAAGUCCAGAUGCCAUGGUGGGGGCUUAUCUUUGCUUCUGCCAUUGCCUUCAUCUUCACCCUUCCAAUAAGCAUCAUCACUGCUACAACAAAUCAAACUCCAGGGCUGAAUAUAAUCACCGAGUACAUUAUGGGUGUUAUCUUACCAGGAAGACCGAUAGCCAACGUAUGUUUCAAGGUUUAUGGUUACAUGAGUAUGACACAAGCCAUUUCCUUCCUGAGUGACUUCAAGCUUGGACAUUACAUGAAGAUUCCUCCUAGAUCGAUGUUCUUAGUUCAAUUUAUAGGAACUAUCUUUGCGGGAACUAUCAACCUGGUUGUGGCGAUAUGGUUGCUAGAUUCAGUCGAUAACAUCUGCCAAGACGAACUCCUGCCAUCCAACAGUCCAUGGACAUGUCCAGGGGAUCGAGUCUUUUUUGAUGCAUCGGUGAUAUGGGGUUUGGUGGGUCCAAAACGGAUAUUUGGAAGUCUAGGAAACUACAAUUCUAUGAACUGGUUCUUUCUUGGAGGUGCAUUAGGACCCAUCAUAAUCUGGCUCUUCUACAAGGCAUUUCCUAAACUAUCUUGGCUUCCAUUGGUAAACCUUCCGGUGAUUCUGGGAGCAACAGGUGCCAUGCCGCCGGCUACACCGGUAAACUACAAUGCAUGGAUUAUAAUAGGGAUAAUAUUCAACUAUUUUGUUUUCCGGUACCGGAAGAAAUGGUGGCAGAGGUAUAAUUACGUUUUAUCGGCUGCACUGGAUGCGGGUGUGGCUUUCAUGACGAUAUUGUUGUAUUUCUGUCUGGGUGUUGAAGAAAAGGGGGUGAGUUGGUGGGGUACAGACGGUGAACAUUGUCCAUUGGCGAGUUGUCCGACAGCCAAAGGAAUCGACGUCCAUGGUUGUCCGGUUAACUGAUGAAACGUUUGCUGCAGAUUUGUCAUGUAAUUUUGUCACUUUAAACCUAGUAUUAGCUGAACAAUCAAUGCACACGUAUAAAUUAGAAGGUCAAUGAUGAUGAAAUCACAAGGUCAAGUAUUUCUGUAACAUAUAAAUAGUGUAACGCGCGUUAUGCGAUAGUAUUAGUAUUUUGUUUAAUGAUAUGAAGAUUGUCUAUUUGAAG